UCCGUCCGGGGUCAGUCAGUCGCUCCCUGUCGCUGCCGGAGAGUCUCUGCUUCCCCCUUCCUACCCGCUCCACGGCGGUAACUCAGGCUCUUCGGAGAGGGGGAGACAGAGAAAGAGAGAGACUGACUCAAUAAAGUUUCCAGAAACAACUGCUACUAAAAAGGGCCCGAGGUGGGGGGAAACCCCCGUCCUUCCCCGCCCCUCUCCAAAAGCCUGAGGGACCGUUGCAGGUGGAGCGGCGCUGGGGGGAGCCGGGCUCCGGCAGCAGCCGUUGCCCCGGCGAGGGGCGCCUCGGGUCCUGCCCUCUCCGGUUCCGGCUCCUUCGGUGGCGGCGGCGGCGGCUGCGGGGCGGUUCCUCCUGUCAACUGCCUGCGCCCGCGCGCCGCCCGCCCGCCCAGCUCCCCAGCGCGGAGGGACGCCGUGCGCCGCCGCCGCCGCCGUCGCCUCGGGCCGCGGAGGGACGUGGUGAGCUGGGCGCUUCCGCGUCAGCGCCGGCGGGGACUCUUUGGGAGCGCGUCGGGCCCGAACCCGGGUCCCCUCGCCUGGUCCGCGGAGGCUGCGCCAGGUGGGGCCCGAAGUCGCCUCCCACGCCAGGCUGUCCCCGCGGCCGCCCGGCCUGCCUGCCUGCCUUCCGCCUGCCAGCCGGCCCGCCCUUGGAGUUCACCAAGCCGCAAUGAAGAGCUUCUUACAGUGAAAGGAAAGUAGGUCGCGUCCACUGAAAAUGCCUUUAAGGGACAAAUACUGUCAAACUGACCACCAUCAUCACGGAUGCUGUGAACCAGUUUAUAUCCUGGAACCUGGAGAUGCUCCUUUGUUACAGCAACCACUACAGACAUCCAAAUCUGGUAUUCAGCAAAUAAUUGAGUGCUUUCGAUCAGGAACUAAACAACUUAAGCACAUUUUAUUAAAAGACGUGGACACUAUUUUUGAAUGUAAAUUAUGCCGCAGUCUCUUCAGAGGAUUACCAAAUUUAAUUACCCAUAAAAAGUUCUACUGCCCACCAAGUCUUCAGAUGGAUGACAACCUUCCUGAUGUAAAUGAUAAACAAAGCCAAGCCAUAAAUGAUCUCCUAGAAGCCAUAUAUCCAAGUGUGGACAAGCAAGAAUAUAUUAUUAAACUAGAACCCAUAGAAACUAACCAAAAUGCAGUGUUUCAGUAUAUCUCAAGGACUGAUAAUCCUACCGAAGUUGCAGAGUCAAGCAGUACUCCUGAACAAACCGAAGUUCAAAUACAGGACACUAGCACUGAACAGUCUAAAACAGCUCCAGUUACAGACACAGAGGUGGAAACUGUAGAGCCCCCUCCUGUUGAGAUUGUUGCAGAUGAAGUUGUACCUACAUCUGAUGAACAACCUCAGGAAUCACAGGCUGACUUGGAAACUUCUGACAAUUCUGAUUUUGGUCACCAGUUGAUAUGUUGUCUUUGUAGAAAAGAAUUUAAUUCCAGACGAGGUGUUCGUCGUCACAUUCGAAAAGUACACAAGAAAAAGAUGGAAGAACUAAAAAAGUACAUUGAAACACGAAAGAAUCCAAACCAAUCUUCUAAAGGACGCAGUAAGAAUGUUCUAGUUCCAUUAAGUAGGAGUUGUCCAGUAUGUUGUAAAUCAUUUGCUACAAAAGCGAAUGUAAGGAGGCAUUUUGAUGAAGUUCAUAGAGGACUGAGGAGGGAUUCAAUUACUCCUGAUAUAGCAACAAAGCCUGGGCAACCUUUGUUCCUGGAUUCUGUUUCUCCUAAAAAAUCUUUUAAGACUCGAAAACAAAAGUCGUCUUCAAAGGCUGAAUACAAUUUAACUGCAUGCAAAUGCCUCCUUUGCAAGAGGAAAUAUAGUUCACAAAUAAUGCUUAAAAGACAUAUGCAAAUUGUCCACAAGAUAACUCUUUCUGGAACAAACUCUAAAAGAGAGAAAGGCCCCAAUAAUACUGCCAACAGUUCAGAAAUAAAAGUUAAAGUUGAACCAGCAGAUUCUGUAGAAUCUUCACCCCCUUCCAUUACCCAUUCUCCACAGAAUGAAUUAAAGGGAACAAAUCAUUCAAAUGAAAAAAAGAACACACCGGCAGCGCAGAAAAAUAAAGUUAAACAAGACUCUGAAAGCCCUAAAUCAACUAGUCCGUCUGCUGCAGGUGGCCAGCAAAAAACCAGGAAACCAAAACUUUCAGCUGGCUUUGACUUUAAGCAACUUUACUGUAAACUUUGUAAACGUCAGUUUACUUCGAAACAGAACUUGACUAAACACAUUGAAUUGCACACAGAUGGGAAUAACAUUUAUGUUAAAUUCUACAAGUGUCCUCUUUGCACUUAUGAAACUCGUCGGAAGCGUGAUGUGAUACGACAUAUAACUGUGGUUCAUAAAAAGUCAUCCCGUUAUCUUGGGAAAAUAACAGCCAGUUUAGAGAUCAGAGCUAUAAAAAAGCCCAUUGAUUUUGUUCUAAAUAAAGUGGCAAAAAGAGGCCCUUCGAGGGACGAAGCAAAACAUAGUGACGCAAAACAUGAUGGCACUUCUAACUCUCCUAGUAAAAAGUAUGAAGUAGCUGACGUUGGUAUUGAAGUUAAAGUCACAAAAAACUUUUCUCUUCACAGAUGCAAUAAAUGUGGAAAGGCAUUUGCCAAAAAGACUUAUCUCGAACAUCAUAAGAAAACUCAUAAGGCAAAUGCUUCCAAUUCACCUGAAGGAAACAAAACCAAAGGCCGAAGUACAAGAUCUAAGGCUCUUGUCUGGUGAGGAACAGUUACAGAGUUUUGCUUUUUUCCCCCCAUCGAACUAAAAAAAAUCAUUUGACCAUAAUUUGUAGCUGGUUCCAUUUUAACACAUGUUUGCUUCCAUAUAUCUUAUGGCAGUGGGAACUGCAAGAGUAAUGUGCAUAUUGCAUUUACCUCUUCAGUGACCUUUAUUCCAGUGGCUUGGGAACAAAAGUUAACUUCAGAACUUAUCUUCCACAGGACAAUGCAAUAUAGUUAUAGGUAGAUGGCACAGGGUCAGUGCUUUCCUCUCAAUGUUGUAAAAUAUAUACAUUUAUAUUGGCUUAUGUUUACAAUAGAAGUCUUCUGUUUAACUAACUUUGCACAGGUUUAAUUUGAUUCAGUGACUUAGUCUACUAAUUAAUACAUUGUAGGAAAGUUAAAUAUAAUAGAAUGAAUUUGUGAAGGCGAUAAUUAUAGGAAAAAAUCUUUUGAGGCACUGUAAUUAUUGUAAAAAUUAAUCUGUGAUGGCUAAAUAAAGUGCUGCACUCAGAAAAAAAAAAUCCCCAAAUUGAAUUUAGAAUGAUUAGCAUUUAUUAUUUACAUUUAACAUAGUGCUUCCAGGCAAAGGGGGAAACUUGAUAAACGAAAGUGUGGAUUUUUUUUUUUUUCCUUCUCCUUGGGAGUAUGUGUUAGUUACUGUUUUUUAGUUUUGAUCUAUAGAAACAGUGAUUGUUUAGGUCCAAGAUCCUCCUAUUUUUACCUUUUUGUUUAAAUAAACUUUUGGUGAUCAUCAUUUCAACAUAGUUAAUAUUAUUAAGUAGGGUUUUUUUUUUUUUUUUUUGUGGUUGUGUUGCAAAAAAAAAGUAAAAUCCCUAUUGAGAAGAAAGAAAAAAUACUACUUUUUAAGAGGGUUUUGAGAGAAAUGUAGAUUUUUUAAAAUGCAUAAUAAAAUAAGGAGUAGACUCCCUGUACUUGUUUUUGCAAGUCUCUCUAUAUUUAAAAAGUUUGCCUUCAGUACCUGUGUCCCUUGUAUUAAAACAUUUAAUAUAUUUAAUUAGUACUAAAUUAGUUUUGGAUUCCAGUUCUAAAGCAGUAUACCUAGUUUGAGUGCUGAGUAGGUUAAAUGUUGCGGUUUGAUUAUCACAUUUUUUUAUUUGUAUAGAAAACUUGAGAUGAAACCAUCCUUUAGUAGUCAUUUACUGUUGUAUAAUUUUAAAGACAAGAUUUUAUUGGUAAACUCAAAGUGUUCAUUUAUUCCCAUUUCUCCUCAGAUAACUUCAAGUGAUGUACGAAAAGGUUUGGAGUUCAUUUUUGUGGAAAGACUUUAAAUUGGUGUUAGAACCACUAAACGUCUUCAAAUGGUACCAUGAUGAAAAAAAAAGAAAAAAAAUUGAUAAAUUUUGACUGUAACUGCUGUUUUCUGACUAAAAUAAUAACCAUCUAACCACUUGUUUAUAAGGCACUGCCUCUUCCAGCACUUUUAAGUAGCUGUGACAUUACAUGUUGUCAUCACAGUCUAUCAGCUCACCACCCCUUGUGUAUUUAGUCUACCGUUUCUGCAAAAAUGUUGCAAAUUUUGUUUUCCAAACAAUUUGUUGAUCAUCAACCUGAUCAACAACCUGAAGAAAUAUCACCACUGGUGAUUUUUAAUUAACUAAGACUUUAUAUCUUAGGGUAUUAGUUUCGUUCCACUUUAUUUGACACAAUUUUUAUCUGGAUCAUACAGAUAUAUAAUUUUCUAGUGAUUGUAUGUUAGGACCAAAAGAUAAAUUAAUAUCAACACAUUAUAAAUAUUUAGCUUACUAAAUAUUUGUAAUUAUUUUUGCAUCCAUUAUUUCUAACUUGUUUUCUAGCACUUAAAUGUUUGAAAGUUUCAUUCUAAAAUAUAUAGCACAGGAAAGUUCCAGUUCAUUUUCAUCCAUGGAUCAUCACGUUUUUCGCUCGUAAACAUCCAAGGUUUUUAUGAAAAUUAAACAUUCCCCCUUUUUUCUUUAAAUUUUAUACAAAGCACUUUAAUGAUAGAUGCAACUUAAUUUUUCAGAUUUUUCUUUCUUUGUUUAAAGACCACACAUUUACUAAUGUUAAUAUGAAGGUAGUAAAUAGCUUACUGAUAUUUUAUGGAUGCAGACAAUCCCUGCACAACCACUUCUUAUAAUACUCAUUUAUUUCUUUAAAUAUUGCUUCAAAAGGAAGAUGGGGAUAUAAACCCUGAUUUUUUUUUUCCUCCCAAGUAAAAUCUUAAAUGACCACUUUAGACAAUAUUUGAUUCCUACUGUAAAAUUUAGAAAAUAAUGAAUUUUUGUCCAUUUUUGUAAUCAAGAUUUUAGGGAAAACAGAAGUACAUCUAUCUUUAAUGAAAUAUUGGGCAGGUUUUUAUGUAUCAAUAUUUUGUACUUUUUAGGGAAUAUUUUAUUUUUUAGUGAUUUUUGUCAAAUUAUAAUUUUAAAAGGUACAGCAGAGAAUAUACCAUGUUUUUAUAUAGGUUCACACCUGUACUUAGGAGGGACCCUGUCCAUCUAUAUACUUUUUGUAUGAAAUUUUAAAAUGCUGAAGAUCCACAAAGUCAUAAUAAAAUGCUUUUAUAGCUAGAAAAACAUUUACCCUUCCCAGUGCUUUGCACUAAAAUAUACUGUGAAAGGAAACUAGAAAGACUGUACUGUUGCUGGAAAUGUUCUAUAUUGAAUGUACAUGCUCUUGUUGGAAAUGUACUAUAUGUGAUGGAAAUAAACCAGACUCAAAGUUAUUUCAGCUAAAUGUGCUUCAACAAAGGUGCAUUGGUUGAAACUUAAAUGUUUUAUUAUCAAAUUUAUUUAGUGACUAUGAGCAGCUACACUUGAAUUUUACCCUGAUAGUUUUAUUUUUAAGAACUAGAGUGAUAAUUUCUCUUUAAUUUAAAAAAGGAUUUACUUUUCCACGUAUGGAAAACUUGUACUUAUAGGUCUAAUUUUAAUGUUUGAUAGCGUAAUAUAUUUAGGGAACUAAAUGUGUAGGUGUUAUUUAUAAACCAUCUUCAUUAGUUGCACAUUAUUAAACCUGUAUGUUGGACUUUU